AUUUAAAAUGUUUUGGGGAACACAAAUUUCUUAAGGAAAAACUCACAAACUAACUGCAGAAGAAGCAGAUGUUAUUCAUGUAUCUAAUGUUGCCAUUUCAGAAGGAGAAAAUAAAAUUUAAGUAUAUGCAAAAGUUUAAGGAAAAGAAUUUAUCCUAGCCAAUCUAGAAAAAAAUAAGGUAUUUAAGAAUUGAUAAUGAUAGCUUGAAUAAGUGUCAUUAGACUUAUAUUUUAGAGCUGAUCAAUAAGUAGAAUUUGGAGUUAAAGGAAAAGGAACUAUCCAUGUUUCUGGAUAUAUUGAACCUGAAUUAGACGAUGAAGUAAUUAAGUUUAAAUUAUGUUUAAGGAUGAAUUAGAUGAUGAAGAUUUAGUGAGCGAAGACAAAGAAGAAGAAGUAAGUGAAGAACCUCCAAAACCAGUUCAAUAAACAAAGAAAUAAGAGUAAAAUAAAUAAUAGCCAUAAUAAUAAUAAUAAUAAAAACCAAAAGAAAAAUAAGAUUAACCAUAAUCCAAACCAUAGUAAUAACAAGGACAACAAUAAAAGGAAAAAGUAUAAUAAUAAAAGCCAUCAUUAUAAUAACAACCUAAAAAGGCAGAUGAAGAAUGGGAUGAUGAUGAAGAUGAUGAAGGACUUGAUGAUUUUGAUGAAAAUGAUUUAGAUGAUGAAGAUUUAGAUGAUGAAGAAUUAGAUGAUGAAGAGGAUGAUGAUUCUGAAGAAUAAAAACGUAUUAAUAAAAUUUUCUAUUUUAGCCUAAUAAAAGUUUGUUAAAACUAAUGAAGGAUAACAAUAAAAGCCUAAACAGAAUUAAAAUAAACCUUAAUAAAAAGGUUAAUAAUAAUAAUAGUAAUAGUAAUAAUAAUAAUAAUAAUAAUAAUAAUAAUAAUAAUAAUAAUAAAAAUAAUAAAAUCAAUAAUAAUAGAAAUAAUAAAAUCAAUCAUAAAACAAAGGAAAUCAACAACAAGGACAAAAAACUUCUUAAAACUAAAAUUAAGGAAAACAAUAAUAAUAAAAUCCUUAAAAUAAAGGAAAUACAUAAUAAAAUAAGGAUAACUAAAAUAAGAAUUUCAAUAAGAAUGCCAAUAAGAAUCAAGAAGGAUUCAAAUAAAAAUAGAAAUGA